UUGCCAGGGGGCAGGUCGAGCGGAAACUGUAACUCGGUGUGACUGUACACUACAUCUGUUUCCAAUGCAGUUCCAAUGAAAAAAAACUCGUGAACAUUACUUAUUAUUUUUUCUCUUACGAGUGAGCAACGAGACAAGCACAUUUGGAAAUGGACAUGCGCAACGUGCCUCGCCAAGGAGGAAUGCCACCUAGUAGAAACGCUGUGCCACCACCACCACCAAAUAAUUAUCAACCACAAGGGUAUGCUGGUGGACCACAACUCUUCGAAGACACUAGUUAUGCUGGUCAACAACAGCAAGGCUAUGGAGCACCACCAGGACAAGGUGGUGGAUGGCAAGGCUAUGGUGCCGGGCCAUCCUUUCAACCAGAUCAGUUCCUAAAGGAUCCGAUGGCAGCCAUGGCAAUGCAGUAUGGUUCUCAACUUGCUGGCCAGGGUCAAAAAAUGAUGAAUGAAAAACUCGAAAAAUAUGUGUCAGUUUCAAAGUUGAAGUACUACUUUGCCGUUGACACAGCUUAUGUCUGCAAGAAACUGGCUUUGCUGCUGUUUCCAUUUAGUCAUACGGAUUGGGCUGUGAAGUACGACCAAAACGAACCGGUGCCUCCGAGAUACGACGUCAAUGCUCCUGACCUGUACAUUCCCAGUAUGGCAUUUGUAACUUACAUAUUGCUCUCUGGCUACAUGUUGGGCCUGAAUGACAAAUUCACCCCUGAACAGCUGGGAAUGCAAGCAAGUACGGCGCUGAUGUGGCUUACCCUGGAGGUUCUGGUCACUUUGCUAGCAACGUACGUUCUCAGCGUCAACAGUAGCUUGAGGUUGUUUGACAUUAUUGCAUUCAGCAGUUACAAGUUUGUCAGUAUGAUUUCAGCGAUGUUAGCAGGCUUGCUUCUGCAAAGCCUUGGCUACUGGGCCGUAUUAGGAUACACAUGCCUGUCAUUGGAUUUUUUCCUGCUUCGAACGUUACGGAUUGCCGUACUGUCCAACCCUUCUUCGGACCAGUACGGCCACAACUCUCGGAAAGGUCUAUACCUUCUGCUUGGAAUCUGCAUUCUGCAGCCAAUCAUGUGUUACUUCAUGACUUACCGCCUCGUAAGGACGCCCGUUUCCGCCGAGUGAUCACAACAUAAACAAACCGAAUCCAUGUGCAUUGUUACAACCCUAGCUGCUGGACUCAGACGAACCAAAGCAUGUUUUCACGAUUGUGGUGAUUAAAAAUGCAGUGCCAUUACA